AAACCGCCUGCUAAAGUGAGAGCGCUGUGGUUCUGUUUCCAUGUUUGGAUCAGUGGUGCGGUGCAGCGCGGGGCUGUUAUACACAGAGGACGGUUUAUUGGGGAGAAAGUUCAGUGUUUCGGCUGUUUCUCCUGUCUGGAGCUAAAUCCGAGCGCUGGGAGUAAACUAGAGAUUGUGUUUAGCCGAGUUAAAUAAAGCACAGUACAGUGUUAAGUAGGGGUUUGGUGCUGUGUUGAGAAAAGUCCCUGCGCUGCUCUGUAGGAUGUAAAUAGUUCAGGGCGCGGGGCAGCGCGUGUCUGUGAGGAGUUAAACAUGGCAGCGGGAGCUGCGGGCGCGCAGCGUGGCGCCGACAGGUACCAGGAGGAGAAGCUCAUGGAUGAGCACCUGAAGGCGAACGGGCUGUACCGGCGGAGGAUCGCUAAAGACGGGUCCUGUCUGUUCAGAGCCGUGGCGGAACAGGUGCUGCACUGCCAGGGUCUGCACACCAGGGUCCGAGCAGAGUGUGUAAAAUACCUCAGACAGAACCGGGAGUUGUACGAAUCGUUUAUUGAAGGGGAUUUUGAUGAAUACCUGCAGAGGCUCCAGGAUCCACAGAGUUGGGUUGGGCAGGUGGAGAUAAGUGCCCUGGCGGUCCUUUAUAAGCACGACUUCAUCAUCUAUCAGAAUCCUGGGGAACCACCUGUAUAUGUCACAGAGAACGGCUACCCUGAUAAGGUACAGCUCUGCUUCCUCAAUGGGAAUCAUUACGACAGUGUUUACCCAGCCUCCUUUGCCAAAAAUGCUGCUAUGUGUCAAUCUAUUCUCUAUGAGCUGCUGUAUGAGCGUGUGUGUGGGGUGGACCGGAAUAUGUUAGCAUCAAACAUGAGAGGAACGAAAGUGAGAGACGAGAGUGAAGAGUCUGACCUGGAUGAAGGAGAGAACUUCUGGUCCAGUGAAGCCACCGGAAAGACAGCCAGUGUGAACAGCAGACCACCUUAUAGGGGUCGUGGGAGGGGCCAAACCAGAGGAGGUGGGCGUGGCUUUCUGCCUAAUAAAGUCCAAGACUCCCUGAACCCUUGCCAUUUCAGGAAUGUGGAGUAUGAUGUGUGGAUGAAGUCUAAAAAAGCUCAGCAGAGGAGGGACUUCUGUAUGGCUGCGGGGAUGCAGUAUGCUGUUGGAGAUAAGUGCCAGGUUCAGUUGACUGGUAAUGGUCGAUACUACAGUGCCUGUAUUGAGGACGUCAGCCCUAAUGAUGGACCAGUGACCGUUUUCAUUGAGGAACUUGGAGAAAAACACACUGUAUCGCUCUGGAAUCUUCGUACACCUUCUGACGACUCCUGGUCCACAGAGAAGGGGAAGAGGCACUCUGUAUCUGAUAGCAAUGAGUGGGACACCAGAGGCGGGAGGAAGCCGGCCAGAUCCGUGUCCAUCCCGUAUGGACCUGCAGGCUCCGCCCCCAGCAGUCAUUUACAGAAACAGCAUUCGUGGCCCCCUCAGGCUCCCGGCGAAUCUCAGGGAAAGAAUGCUAACAGCAGAAAGUCUGAUCAGGAUGUUGGAGUAUUGGGUGUGUCUCCUGCGGAGGAAGAGGAGCUUCUUGUGUUAGAGCUUCUUCACAAAGACGAGAACAAUUUUCCUUCCCUGGAAGCCAGUGCACAGGCUGCUGCUGCUAGUGGCAGUGGAGAGACUGGUAGAAGAGCUGAUAAGAAAGGCUCCAGAAAGAAGGCUGACGCAGAGACCAAAGAAUCGCUUCAGAAACCUGAUCAGAGAGCCGAGAGAGGAAAACAUAAAAAAAAGGGUUCAGUGGGUCAAGAACAGCCAAUGUCUCCUCCUGUCAAAGAGAAGCUCAGCCCUUCUCCUCCUGCAGUUCCACCUUCUGCCAUCUCGCCGAUUCCAUCAGCUCCUGUGGCUGCCAAACCUAACCCUGCUUCUCUGGAAGCUGCACCUACACCUACACCUGCUCAGACAGCCCCUGCCUACUCCCAGACUGCACCUGUUCCGUCUAAAACAGCCGCUAUUUCUGCUGGAACUGCCACCAGCCGGUCUGAGACUCUUCCAGCUGCAUCUAUAUCGUCAGCCCAGGCUGCUCCUGCCUCGUCUCCUCAAACUACUUCUGUACCUGCCCCCAGCCCUGCCCAUUUUCAACCUACUCAUGUACCCACCCCUGCCCUUCCACAAGCUACUGCUGUACCCACCCCUUCCCUUCCACAAGCUACUGCUGUACCCACCCCUGCCCUUCCACAAGCUACUGCUGUACCCACCCCUGCCCUAACUUUCCUAACUACUCCUAUAACCACCCAUGCCCUAUCUGCCCCAUCUGCCCAAACUACUCCUAUAACCACCCAUGUCCUAUCUGCCCAAACUACUCCUGUACCCACCCCUGCCCUUGCACAAACUACUCCUGUACCCACCCCUACCCUUCCACAAACGAUUGCUGUACCCACCCCUACCCUAUCCGCCCAAACUCCUCCUUCACCCAUCCCUAACCUUCCUCCAACUACUUCUUUACCCACCCCUGCCCUUUUCCCCCAACCUACUCCUGUACUCACCUCUGUACCCACAUCUGCCCCAGUUACCCAUGCACCCACCCCUGCUCUUGCUCCAACUACUCCUGUUCCCACCCCUGCCCAUUCUCAAUCUACUCCUGUACCCACUACUCUACCCACGUUUGCCCCAGCAACCAUCUUUGCUAUGUCUACCCCUGUGCCCUCUCAUAGUAUCCCCACUUUGCCAGUUUCUGACUCUGAAGUCCCCGCCCAAUCAAAUCCUUGUCCAGCUGAAUUUUCAGUAGACUCUAAUAACCCUCCUGCCUCACUUCCUCCAUCUGCACACGUCCCCUCCAACCCUUCCCAUGCACAACACUCCGUUACCCCUCCUGCCCCCGUUAACGUAUCUGCUGCCUCAUCUGUGGAACUCGCCCCUUUUCACCCUGCUGGGCAUGGUACUAUGCCUGUGCUUGCUCACUGUCCUCCUUACAUGGCCCCUGUGCCCACAUCUGCUCCCAUGCUUACUCCCCAUGCUGCCAGUUCUUCUGCCCCACCUCCACCCUUUCCUCAUCCUUCAGAGCCCCACCCAUGUGAGCCUGCAGCCUCACCUGUCGCAGGUCUGGGAUCUGCCACAGUGCCAGAGUUCAUGCCUCACGGCCUGGCCGCUCACCCUCAGCAUCCUCAGCACCCCCAGCACUCCGCCCCUUUGACACAGCUUUCCCAGCUUUACCAGGAUCCCUUGUACCCAGGGUUCCCGCUGAAUGACCAAGACGAGCCGGCUAAUAUUCCGCCUUUCUCCCAUCUGCUAACCGGAAAAGACCUGCCAACAGAUGCAAGAGUCCUUCGAUUCUUCUUUAAUCUUGGGGUGAAGGCGUUCACUAACCCUUUGUAUCCUCCACUCUCCUACUUGACACUGCUGAGGCAAGCCCACCUCAUGAAGCCUAAAGUCCCUCCCCCUGCCCCUUCCUCCAGCCCCUACCCUCCACCUUGGCAACCAGACAACACACCUUCCGUAUUGCACAUGACCUCCACCUCUAACCCCACCCACCACAGCCUGCCAGUGGAUUCGCUUGGCGGUGGCAACUCUGCCGGUCAUUUUGAGAUGCAAGGUUUGGUUCCUGGUCCUUCUCCAGUGAAUAUUGGGGGUUAUGGUGGCCCUCCUAAUUCAGUGCCAGUGCAGCCUAUGCAUCCUCAGCCAGCUGUGCCCUGGAACUUUGCCCCUGGUCCAAGUGUCUACCCUGGGAUUUACUCUGCGCCCCCUGCUGGGCAGUUUCCCGCCCAUCCACCUCCGCCUCCAUCCCAAGGGGGUCAGCCUUAUCAUUCCACCUCUGUACGACACCCACUGCAACCGGGCCCUCCUCCCCAGUACCACGGGAUGAAUAUUGCCAUGGCAGCAGUUGCCCCAGCGAUCGAGAGAGGCGACGCAGGCGGCAAGAGGUCAACUCCCCCAGUAACUUCCAGCGGCUUUACCACCUACGGUCCUGUGGUGCAUUUAGGUGGUGAAGUUGGGCCACAGCUGGUAGGCGGAGCUAGUCCAGGUGUUCAUGCUCUUCAUGUUUCUGCUGGCAGUGUGCUGAGAGAAGGUGCAGAAUUGGCCACGUUGGCUAACGGAAACCAGAGGCUGGAUUACAACGGCAAGAGCUUUCAGGGUUUGUCUUCUGCAGGGCUGAAUAUGUACAUGCCGCCGAGCUCUUCGGUCAACGAGCUGGACCUGGAGGAGGCGGAGUACAGCUCCGCUGAUCUCAGGAGUGGCCGAUCCUACUAUAGUCGAUCGUUCCAUUCGUCGCGCAGACGGGGUUACGAUGAAAGGGGGGGAGGAGGUGGGUUCAGGGGGCGGAGCUCCAGAGGACGAAGGGAUAACGCCACACGGGAGAACCAGCCCUAUCACUCCCGAGGAUGUAACCCGAGGGGGAGGGGCCGGGGCUAUGUUCAGCCCUCUAACGCAGGGGAGGCAGGAUACCAAGGUGGUGCGUUUCCUCCUGCAGCCAAAACCUGAUGCGCACAACAAUCCGUUUUCAUUUUAAUUCUGAUUGUAAGUCUGUUUGUAAGGUGGUGUUUUUUUUUUAAACGUGUAAGGUUUGUUUUGUAUGUUUUUUUCUUUUUUUUUUUUUUUAACUUAAAAUCUGUUCUUUUCUGUUGCGUUCCCAUCCAACAUAUUUGUGUGUGCAUCGAUAUGUUUUGCAUGUGUAUUAAAAUGUAAUAAAAGUUUGAAACCAAAGGCUACAGCCUUGUUUCCUCUCCACGUACUGAAGUAUGGUUGGAGAUGAGCACUUUUGGGACAGUGUGUUCCUAUGUCCCUAUUCUCUUUCAAAUGAAAAAAAAAAUUAACUCUCAAAUAUCACUCCUGAUGUGAAUAUGUAUUUUAUUUUCGAUCAGAACUGGAACACAGCUGGAUUUCAAUAGUUAAAUGACCUGUUUGCUGUAAAAUACAAGGUAUUUGUGGUUAGGGCUGCCUGCUCGAUCUCAGACUGACACUAUGCACUUAUAUUUAAAACCUUCUUGACCUGUCCUGCUGCAGGAGGUUUGAACAGGUUUGUUUGUAUUUUAAAGCUAAAUAUGCUGUAGAACUUCUAGAUGUUUGGUUUGGUUUUGGUGAAUAUUAAGUCAUUUUAAACAGAUCAUCUCAUUUCCUUGGUUUUCAGUGAGGAGAAAAAUGCAUUCUGCUGAUGGCAGCACUGGCCCCUCUGGCAGUACUAACUUGUAUUCUUAAUCACUCUGGAGUAAAGCUGCUACAGAGGCUUCUUUGAGCAACACCAUUUACCACUUAAUCAUUCUUUUAAUUUUUGGAAAGCAGCUGCAUAUGUAAGGAAUCUAAGAACCUUAACAUUAGCUGCGGCCCAAAGUCUAGGCUCGGGUGUUAGGACAGCAGGUCCUUGAAACAGGGCUUCGUGUUGCAACAUGUGAUUUUUAUACAUUAGUUAAAUCAUAAAUUAUUAUAAAAUAUUAAAAUUUGAUCUGGGGACCUUUUAUUAUCCACCAACUUUGUCUAAUUUCUGUGAUGCUGUUUUUCUUUUCUCCCCUUUUUGGGCACCAGAAGGAUACAUCAGGUGCGACCUUCAGAUCAGUCCAGAUGCCUUCCUUAUUUUUAAGGCAUUUAAUGACAUAGCGGCCAAAAAUUGAUGUCUUUAAAAAAAAUAAAAAUAAAUAAAAUUCUAACGUUACUUCAUGACCUCUUUUAACAAAAUAGAUCUGCUAAUGGAAUUGCUCAAAGAGCUUUGUAGCCCCUUUACAAUUGUGCCUGGAAGAAAUUUAGUUUUUCUAGUCAAAAUGUUCUACUUUUAUGCUGUCAAACACUUCAAUUCUGCAGGUUAGUUGUUGAUAUAUAGACACUGUUUCCCCUGCUCAAACACUAACAAGUGCUUUUGUGGAACAAGAGCUUUUCUCAAAGGCUGUCAGAAGUGUGAGCCGGUUGUGGAUCCAGGCUUUUAGAAGUUCUGUGCCUUAACUGUCUGAGUUGCUUGAACAGCUCAUUAAACCUGUUUUUUUUUUUGCUUGAGUUUACAACCUGUUAAAGAAGCAUCUUUGUGUAUGUUGUGUUUUCUUACUGUGCAUUUGCUCCUGUUGUAGAAACAAGACACACCCACCCUGUUUCUGACAUGUGUGUUCUGUUGUUAAUCGAGUGCCUAUUGUUGCAGAAACCAAAGACCAUAAGAAAUGAUUUUGAGAUGGACUCUUAAUAAAAGCAAAGCUGUUUUCUUUUCUCAAAA